AAUGUUAAUGUUGAAAGUGGUUUACAAAUCUGAUUAUAAAUGUUGCAUUCUUUCCUGGAUGAUACGGAGUCAAUAUUUGCCUUCUGAAGUACUUAAUGCUGCAUUAAUCUAGAUUCACCCAUCCAUUUUAAGCAUAAGCAGUACCAUAAUGGAUGUAGACAGCACAAUUUCCAGUGGACGUUCAACCCCAGUUAUGAUGAAUGGACAAGGCGUUACAGCUUCGUCAGCAAAAAGUAUUGCUUAUAACUGCUGUUGGGACCAGUGCCAUGCUUGCUUCAACUCCAGUCCAGAUUUGGCAGAUCACAUUCGCUCCAUACACGUAGAUGGCCAGCGAGGAGGGGUAUUUGUUUGCUUAUGGAAAGGCUGCAAAGUCUAUAAUACACCAUCAACAAGUCAGAGUUGGUUACAACGGCAUAUGCUGACACACAGUGGUGAUAAACCUUUCAAGUGUGUUGUUGGAGGGUGCAAUGCUAGUUUUGCUUCCCAGAGCGGGUUGGCUCGCCAUGUGCCAACACACUUCAGCCAGCAGAAUUCUUCAAAAGUUACCAGUCAGCCAAAGGCAAAAGAAGAAUCUCCAUCUAAAGCUGGAAUGAACAAAAGAAGGAAAUUAAAGAACAAACGGAGGCGCUCUUUACCAAGACCACAUGACUUCUUUGAUGCACAAACUCUGGAUGCUAUUCGACAUCGCGCCAUCUGUUUCAAUCUCUCUGCUCAUAUAGAAAGUUUAGGAAAAGGCCACAGUGUUGUGUUCCACAGUACUGUAAUAGCAAAGAGGAAAGAGGAUUCUGGGAAAAUUAAGCUACUGCUUCACUGGACACCAGAGGAUAUUCUUCCUGAUGUGUGGGUAAAUGAAAGUGAGAGACAUCAAUUAAAAACCCAAGUAGUUCAUUUAUCAAAACUACCAAAAGAUACUGCCUUGCUUCUGGAUCCAAACAUAUACAGAAAGUCUAGUAAAGGAGGUACAUACACUGGAACCCUGAAAGAUCACUUCUGUUAAGAUCACAUACUGAACAAUGCCACAGAAGAGGUUGAAGAGGUAAAAAUCAGCUCAGCAGGGGUCCCGCGUCUGCCGUCAUGUUCACUGACCAUGGAAUUGAAAUUGCACAUUAGCGAAGCCCUUCCACUUCAUCCUCAUACCUCCAUGAUGCCCCGUGCCCACUGCUGCCAGCCUCAGAUGAUGUUUAUGCCUGGCAUAACCAUUCUGUGAAUGAAGUCGAUGCAUCUGUGGAAUAUGUUAUAUAUAAUAUAAUAACUUUCAUGGAAUGGUACAACAGGGGUUGGAGCAAGUACUCUUCCAGAAAGCUAGAGGUGCUCUCAAAGGCAUUGCAUGCUUGCUGCUUUCCUUUUAAUUAUUUUUUUAGCUUGUAUCAGAUGGAGUGGCAGUUGCUAUAAAAUGCCACGUGCAGCUUUCCCCCCUCCCCUCCCCUC